AUGUCUGCUGAAGAGCUUGACGUUACCUUCGAGUCGGCUGAUGCCGGUGCCUCGACCACCUUCCCUAUGCAGUGUUCCGCUCUGCGCAAGAACGGUCACGUCGUCAUUAAGGGUCGCCCUUGCAAGAUCAUUGAGAUGUCCACCUCCAAGACUGGCAAGCACGGUCACGCCAAGGUCCACAUGGUCGCCACCGAUAUCUUCACCGGCAAGAAGCUUGAGGAUCUGUCUCCCUCCACCCACAACAUGGACGUCCCCAUCGUCAACCGCCGCGAGUACCAGCUUUUGGACAUUUCUGAGGAUGGUUUCCUCUCCAUGCUGACCGAUGAUGGUGAUCUCAAGGACGACGUCAAGGUCCCCGAGGAGACUGAGCUGAAGAAGAAGCUGAUGGACUUGUUCAACGAUGACAGCAAGGACGUCAACGUCAUCGUUCAGACUGCCAUGGGUGAGGAGGCCUGCAUUGAUGCCAAGGAGGCUCCCAAGGGUAAUUAA